AUGCGCGCAUGCGUGGUUGGUGGGGCGACGCAGCAUCAGCUAGCUUGUGUGAGCUAGCAAGAGGCAGGUGUGCGGACAGGUAGCGGCGAUGGCGACCACGUGACCAAACAUAAACAAGCACAGGACAGGACAGGACAGGAGAAGGCGGGACGGCUGCACAGUUAUGGCGACCGGCGGCGGCGGCUUGGCGUCCAACCAUGACGCCCGAGAGUCGCCGUCCAACUCGGCCCGGAGUGGAGCAGCAGUGGCGCUCUCCAACCUGCCAAACUCCCCUCCUGGACCCCCUGUCCCGCCUGUCCCCCCUGGUCCCCGGGAGCCUGUCCCCCCUGUGCCGCCCGGUCCCCGGGAGCCAGCGUACAACUGGCAGGCCACCAAGAGCUCGCUGAAGGAGCGCUUUGCUUACCUUUUCAACAAGCAGCUGCUGAGUGACGUCAGCUUCGUGGUGGGCAAGGGCAGGCAGGCCCAGAGGAUACCGGCCCAUAAGUUCGUGUUGGCCGCUGGCAGUGCCGUCUUUGAUGCCAUGUUCAACGGGGCCAUGGCCACGACCUCCACCGAGAUAGAGGUGCCCGACGCGGAACCGGCAGCCUUCCUCUCUUUGCUCAGGUUUCUGUACUCUGAUGACGUCCACACCUGUGCAGAGACGGUCAUGUCCACUCUUAACACGGCCAAGAAAUACGCCGUGCCGGCGCUGGCCAGCCACUGUGUGGACUUUGUCAGCAAGCACCUGAGAGCAGACAACGCAUUCCUGCUCCUCACACAGGCCAGGUUGUAUGACGAGCCCCAGAUCUCCAGUCUGUGUUUCGACACCAUCGACAAAAGUACUGCGGAGGCGGUAAACGCGGACGCUUUCACCGACAUAGACCUCGACACUCUGUGUGCGGUGCUGGAGAGAGACUCGCUCAGCAUCAGGGAGAACCGUCUCUUCGGAGCGGUGGUCCGUUGGGCCGAGGCUGAGUGUUGCAGACAACAGCUUCCUCCCACCCCCGACAAUAAGCAGAAGGUACUAGGAAAAGCUCUCCCGCUCAUCCGCUUCCCGCUCAUGAGUGUUGAGAAGAUCCCUGCAGUGAACCCCAAAGCACGUGGCGGCUGCAGCGACAGACCCCGCUGCUGCCUGCGAGGAGAGGAAUGCAGCAUCAACCGUUUCCAGCAGGUGGAGAGUCGCUGGGGCUACAGUGGUACCAGCGACAGAAUCAGAUUCAACGUCAGCAGACGAAUAUCUAUAGUGGGUUUUGGUCUGUAUGGUUCCAUCCAUGGGCACACCGACUAUCAGGUCAACAUCCAGAUCCUGGAGAGCGACAAGCACCUGACUCUGGGCCAGAACGACACAGCCUUCAGUUGUGAUGGCACCUCCAACACCUUCAGAGUCCUGUUCACAGAGCCGGUAGAAGUCCUUCCUAACGUCAGCUACACCGCCUGUGCAACUUUAAAGGGACCAGACUCACACUACGGCACCAAGGGCCUGAAGAAAGUCAGCCAGGAGUCGGCAGCGGGGACCAAGACCACCUUCGUCUUCUUCAAGUCCCCCGGGAACAACAACGGUACUUCGGUGGAGGACGGCCAGAUACCGGAGAUCAUCUACUACAGACUGGACUGAAGUACAGUAUGUACAGUUUGUCCUCCAUGAUACUUGGCAGGUGUCAAGGCACAUUUCCUCCCCAGGACACGAAGCACGGGCAGGAUGGUUGCCAGCCAAAGUUCUGUGAGUUUUUACUCCUGCUCCCUUCUCAGUAUCAUUGUACAGUGGCGCUACGUGUGUGUGUGUGUCUGUGUGUGUGUGUGUGUGUGUGUGUGUGUGUGUGUGUGUGUGUGUGUGUGUGUGUGUGUGUGUGUGUGUGUGUGUGUGUGUGUGUGUGUGUGUGUGUGUGUGUGUGUGUGAGACGCUUCUUGGUCUGCUGGAACCCUCACUCACAUUAAAACCACUUCUUCUGUUGGAUGGA